UCAACACAACAAAAAGGCGAAGAAGCAAUAGUUGUUGUGCUUUCUUCCAUUGGCCACAUGGCGACGCCUUCGCCGACACCUUCUCCUCCUCCUCCUCCUCCUCCUUCUGAUUCAAACCCUAAUCCGCCACCCUCGAGCUCCUCGGCGAUUCAAAGCCCUCCCUCGCCGCAAACGACCGUGGUUGCCUUAGGCGCAUCGACCUCCGCCUUCGCCAGAAAAACCCAACCGGUGCUAUGGACCGAAGACGAGACACUCCUCCUAAUCGACUCGUACAAGGAGAAGUGGUACGCCGUUGGUCGAGGUCCUCUGAAAUCAAACCAGUGGGAAGAGAUCUCCGUCUCCGUCUCAGCUCGCUCCGGCGUCGAGCGCUCGGCGACACAGUGUCGGCACAAGAUGGAGAAGUUGCGGAAAAGAUUCAGAGCGGAGAGGCAGAGCAUGGGACCUAUCUCCAUAUGGCCUUUCUAUUCUCAGAUGGAGGAGUUAGAUAGCAAUCCUGCUCCUAUCUCAGCUCGUCCUCUCACACGACUGCCUCCUCCAACUAAUCACUACGCAGAAGAUGAAGAUGAAGAUGAUGAAGACGACGAAGAAGAUGAGAGUCUGAACAAAUCUAGGAGUAUCAAUCACAUAGUGAGAAGACCUGGAACUGUUAACAGAUUCGCUGGAGGAUUGUUGCAGUGGGGACAGAAGGAGAGAUCCAAGAGGAAGAGGAAAGAUGAAGGAGGAGGUGGUGAGAGGAGGAUGAAGGGAGCGAGAGCAGUAGCUUAUGAGAUUAGGGCAUUCGCUGAGAAAACAAUGGUGAUGGAGAAGAAGAAGAUGGAGUUUGCUAAAGAGACGGCCAAGCUGCGUAAGGAGAUGGAGAUGAAACGCCUUAAAUUGAUUCAGAGUUCUCAAACUCAGCUUCUUCAGUUUCUCAACACUUCCUUUGCUUCUCUCUAACCUUUUUCAUCAGAGGUACGUGAAAAAAGAUGAUGGCAUUCUUUUACUUUCAUCUUUUUCGUUUCAGAGAAUGUAACAUAGUAAUCUAAUGUCAAGAACUUUUUUUAUGAAUGCCAUUUGCAAAUCCAACAAAGCUUGUGAACAAAAUGUUGGUUAUUUAACAAAAACAAAAGAUGGAAUCGUUCUUAUCAAAUCUUCAAAUGUAAUUCCAAUGUUCAUGACCAUUUUGUGAA